AUGGCGUUGCACGCGGCCGUUAGUGCCUUAGAUCAGCGGGAAUAUUGGAGUGAUGCCUACCCGACUCUGACGUUGUCGACCGUCAACGACAAUGCCGUCGACGAGAUUAUUUUGCGAGACCACGCCGACUACACCAAAACGGUCUGGAAGUUCAAUAAUAACAACAAUGUCGUUCGCGAGAUAAGGGAGUUCGUGUGCCACACGUGCGAUAAAAAGUACUGUAGUUCGGGCGCGCUGCAGCGCCACCUGCGAUUCGAGUGUCGGAUUGAUUCAAAGUACAAGUGCCCGCUGGCUGAUUAUUACAAAUGCUUCGUGUGCGGAAAAACUUACAAGGUGCAGAGGUCGCUGUGGCGUCACCUAAAGUACGAAUGCCAAAAAGAACCGGCAUUCAACUGUCCGUACUGCAGCUACAGGGCGAAACACAAAUCAAGCGUGGUCAAGCACGCUGUCUGCGUCCAUGGAGGGUGUACGGCGAGGCAUUUUUGUCCGAGAUGCGGUAAAUCUUACACCCUUGUGAAAAACCUGAAGCGCCACUUGUCGGUGGAGUGCCAAAAGGAGAAACGCUUUAAGUGCCGGUUCUGCUCCAACUCGUACUACUAUCGCACAGACCUGAGAAACCACUUGCACAGGGUGCACGACGUCAUUGUCAGAUUCGAUGCCGGCGCGGUCUACCUGUAG